AUGGUCCGCGUCGCCGUGCUUGGCGCGGGCUGCAUCGGGCAAUGGGUCGGAGGCCACCUCGCGCUGCGAGGCGUGGAUGUGCUUCUGGUGGGCAAGGGCCUCCUAGAGCGCACCGUGAAGUCUGGCAGCCUCCGGCUGACGGACGUUGAAAGGGAUGCCGCAGGAUUCGACGAGUCUUUGCAGCUUCCCGACCACCCGCACUUGACCGCCAAAUUCGACCUCGAGGAGGCCCUGAAGUCGGAUGACUUCCUCGCCGUUUUCGUUUGCUUGAAGUUGGGCGACAAUGACCUCGCAGCGUCUCUCGGUACCUUGAAGAAGGACACCGUCAUCAUCUCGAUGCAGAACGGCAUCGACAACAAGAAGAAGCUGGCCAAGCUGUUGCCGGAGCACCCCAUCGUCGGCGGCAUGGUUCCCUACGGCGUCAUCGAGGCGGCACCCGGCCACCUCCGCCGGGCGACCUUCGGACCACUGGUGUUCGACGAUGGGAUGCCGGCGCCCCUCACGGCAGCUCUGAGAGGUGCCGGACUGGCCGUAGAGGUGCUGUCCGAGGCAGACACCCACGCAGAGCAGUGCUUUAAGCUGGUUGUCAACUGCCAGAAUGCACUGAACGCCCUUCGAGGCUGCCCUUUGGUGGAGGCCGCCCAAGACCGCCUCUACCGGGAGCUCAUGGCAAGCGCCUGGGAGGAAGCGACGGAGGUGCUCCGCCGAAGUGGCCAACCUCUCCGGGGCACCAUAAAUGGCAUGCCGAUGGAUCGGUACCUCCGAAUCCUUCGGCUUCCAAACUUCGCCCUCAACGCGGUGAAGCGUCUGAAAUCCGGACUUGCUCCCGAUCCCGGGUACCACUCUUCCAUGUUCUAUGAUCUGGAACAGCGCCGGCGCACGGAGAUCGAGGAGUUGAACGGGCUGGUGGUGAAAAUGGCGGCCGCCGUUGGGGUGCCGUGCCCUGUGAACACCGCCUUGGCGCGCUUAGUGAGAGAGGCCGAGGAGAAGAACGUGGGGAGCCCUCGGCUGAGCCCCGAGGCCCUCCUUCGGGAGGUGCGUAAAGAGGCUCCUGUGCCCGGAGCCGCGCCAAAGCGGACGAGUCCCUUCGCGCGCUUUUGCCCCCAGCGUUGUGCCAUGUGA